AUGGCACCCAAACGGAAACAGACAACCCCCGAAGAAGCCGCCCCCGUUGUCCGGAGGUCCGCCCGCCUCUCCAGCGCCGCCGUCGCUGCCGACCCAGAGCCACCCAAGAAGAAGCAAACCAAACCCAAAGCCGAAACCAAAACCAAAGCUGAAACCAAAGCCAAAGCCAAAGCCAAAGCCGAAACCAAGACUAAGGCUUCCAGCGAGGAAGAAGGUGGAGAGGCGGUGGAGAAAGCGGAAGGCGCGAAGACUAUCGUGAUAGAGCACUGCAAACAGUGCACACAGUUCAAGAGGAGGGCGAUGAAGGUGAAGGAGGAGCUUGAGAAGGAGGUCGCCGGAGUCAACGUGGUGGUCAACGGGGAGAAGCCGAGGAGGGGCUGCUUCGAGAUUCGUGAGGAAGGGGGAGAGGUCUUCGUCAGCUUGCUGGGCAUGAAGAGGCCCUUUCCGCCGCUCAAGACACUCGACAUGGACAAGCUCAUCUCCGACAUUCUUCACAAGAUCCGAUGA